CCAAAAAUCCACGGGGCGUGUCAGGUCCGUUACAUGUCCGUUACAGGACGUUUACAACAUCCUGAUACGGGACCGUUGGGUAGACACUAUUAAACAGGCCGUUCACAUACAGCCUGUAAACUGCCCGUACAAACGGCCUGUAUUCAGCCUGUAUCAUACUGUUCUCAUGCACAAUUAAUAAGUUAGUAUCAUGCUUCAAAAGGUCACAAUUCAAAGACAAAGAAGACAAGAAAACAACAAGAUAUUAAUUUCUGUUCAGCUACAUUUUAGGCCACUCCAAGUGAUACUCUGGUUUCUGGUCCACCGCCCGCAUCAGAUUUUAUUCUUGGAUUUCUAUCUCAUUAUUGGAUUUCUAUCCCAUUAUUUAUACUACGCAUGCGCAUAAUGGUCCAUGCGCUAAUGCAUUCAAUAGCAUCGAUCGGGGAAGCAUGUUUCAGGAGUUCCGCAAGCACAUCCCCUCUCUCUCCCCCUGGAUAGAAGCCUGCUACUCCAGCCAGCCCAACCUUCUUCUGGGAAGCCACUCCCUACUCAGCUGCAGCGGAGUUCAACAAGGGGAUCCUUUAGGCCCCCUCGGUUUUGCCCUCACACUCCAACCCAUUAUUGAUUGCAUUCAAUCUGAAGUCCCAGGCCUGGCCCUUAAUGCGUGGUAUUUGGACGAUGGCACCCUAAUCGGUUCGCCCAACGACCUCUUGUCUGCUCUCGAGAUCAUUGAAAGAGAAGGUCCGAGAAUUGGCCUCCACUUAAAUAAAGCCAAGUCUCUCCUCUAUAUUCCUGCUGAGGCUGAUCAAUCUGUCAACCCCCUUCCUUCGGCUAUCCCCAUAGUCCGUGAAGGCUUCUCACUCCUUGGUUGCCCAGUCGGUCCUCCUGAUUUCUGCGAGGCUUCAUUUCAAACCCGCAUAGACAAGAUCAAACUCUCUCUGAACCUUCUCCACACCCUUGAAGACUCUCAAGCACAAACCACUCUGCUACGCUCAUGUCUUGCACUUCCCAAAGUUGUCUCAGUACUCCGGGCCUGCCCCCCAGGCCGCGUUGGCACUACUGCUCAUGAUUUUGACUGCUCCAUCCGGAGGGCUCUUGAGAGUAUCCUGGGAGGACCUCUUUCGGACUGGUCGUGGCAGAAGGCAUCCCUCCCUUGUAGUAAAGGAGGGCUUGGGCUGCGUAGUGCCCCACUUCAUGCCCCUGCUGCAUAUCUGGACUCCUCUCUUCGCUCGGCACCCUUGGUUGAAGGACUCCUAGGUCGCCCUCCUCCCCCCUCGAUCUUCUUAGAUGAAACAGUGUCAGCCAUUGCCUCCUCCUCUGCUCGUCCUGACUGGCAGACUCUGAACGACAUCGACAUUCCCCUCAGACAGGGAGCCCUCUCUGCUGCUAUUGAUGAAUCCGUUCUGAAGAGCCUGUUAGCCUCGGCCCCCACCACUAGGUCACGAGCACUGGCCCUCUCCACUGGUCUCCCUCACGCUCACGACUGGCUGAACGUAAUCCCUUCUCCCUCACUCGGGCUUCACCUCCAAGAUAGGGAGUUUCGCUCUUGCCUGUGUUACUGGCUAGGGGUCCCGCUGCACAAUGACCAGUUCACCUGCCCUGAGUGUCAUGGUGUUGCUGACUCCCUUGGUGACCACCAGGUGGGAUGUGGAGGCAACAGUGACCGUAUCAGCCGUCACAACGCCGUCCGUGACGUUGUUUUUAAAGCGGCUCAGUCUGCUGCUCUGGGCCCCUCAAGAGAAACUACAGGGCUUGUUCCUGACUCGGCUUCUCGCCCUGCAGACGCCCUCCUCCCCAACUGGAUCAAUGGUCGUCCAGCGGCUCUUGACGUCCAUGUCAUUUCUCCUCUCCAGUCUCUCACACUGUCUGAGGCUGCAAGGACCCAGGGCCACGCUCUCCAAGUGGGGGUCCAGCGUAAGCUGGCUUCCAAUCUCCCCAGCUGCAGGUCUGUGGGUAUGACAUGCAUUCCCCUUGUGGCCGAAACCCUGGGAGGCUUAGCAGAGGACUUCAUCUCAACCAUCCGUGAUAUCGGCCGGUCAAUUUGUCUCCGCUCAGGCGCGGACCGAGACUCAGUCACCAUUAAACACCUCUUUGGGAGAGUCAGCAUAGCCCUUUGGCGAGGGAAUGCUUCCAUGCUCAUUCACAGGUCACCAACUCUAUCACCUGUGCUUGAUGGGCAUACCUAAACUUACUAUAUGUUUGUUCUUCAUAUCUUUACCUUACUUAGAUUUCGAUUUAUAUCUGUCUACCCGUUUGUACUUACCUUAAAUAAAAAGAAGCCAGUUUAGUAAUAAUAUAGGAGUGGCUAUUUUAAGCUUACCUUUGCUUGCCUACUAGCCUGGCAUAGCUGAAGAGAGCUGGUCUAGACACCGUCUAGAGCUAACUGUGUUGUUUCUUCUGGCUGGUUGCUGCGCAGUAAGUGGAGGGAGGGGCUGACUAAUUGAACAGAGAGGGGGAAUGGCUCUGUACCUUUCGCUUUGAGGGAGGGCUAGGGGCUGGCUGCUCAUAUUCUGUCCAGGCUGCGCAAGGAUUUGAGUGUGGACAGCAGCCCUGGUGUGAACGAGCUAUCUUUUCCUAGUUGUCUUCUUGUUUGAAUAGUGUUGCUAUGUGGUAGUCAUGCAGCUUGAUGCUUAGCAACCAGUCAGCCAAUCAGAUGGGACAUAUAAUUAUCAAUUAAUGCACAGUGCCUCGGGGUUUAUGACAGUAAACCACACCUUCCUCUCGGGCUUACGCCCUCGUAGUCGGGAGGUUUGUUAUAGAUAGUACAUGGGCAUGAGGUAUCUAUGUACGUGUUAUAGUGUCCCAUAUCACGAGGGAUGAGGGACACUAUAACCAUAGAUACCGAAUGCACAUGUGCUAACUGAUUUAGAUCCCACUUUUCAUUGGCUGCCUCAGGCAAGAAGUGUAUCUAUAAAAGCAGCAAGCCUUAGCAACAGCUUUAUUUUUGAAAAUGUCCUGUUCUGACAAGCUAGUCUAGAUGAUUUCUGCUAAAAAAACCUUUGCAUUGGCCUUGCUUCAACAGACAAACUAGUGACUCCACCUUGUGCAGGAAGCGCUCUGCAACAAAUGAGCCCAGCCUCCUCUUUAUCUGCACUCAAGCCCCACCCCAGCUCAAGCUUCUCAGUAAACUGUUCUGAUAUGUACGGCUAGCUAGCAAGGAACAGCUUGCAGCAAUGCUACAGUACAGUGCACUAUCGUUCCCAAAAAGACACAGGAGUCUACUGCAAUUUGAAACAUGGCUGCAGGAUAGAAAUAGAAAUCAGGAGGAUGAAGUUGACAAAUGCUACAAGUUGAAGACAUAUGCUUUCAUGCUUGUGACAAUGGACCCAGAACUGUUAAUUGGCUCUUAGUGUUCCUCGACAAGAAAAGAUACUGGUGAACCCUACCAUCAACCCAGCAAACGCUAUAGAAACUGGUAGUGAAAAAACUGAACAGCCAUAGCUAAUUAUCAUGCAGCUACAGCUUUAUUAUCAUUUCUGUACAUUCAAAAAUAGUACUUGUACUUUA